AUGAAAGGAAUAGGGAAAAAGUUGCCUAUUCGAGGGCUGAAUAGCAUAACUUUAUCAGCAUCAAAGAAGAAGGAGGCUACAAUUGUUGCCGCUAGGGUAUAUGAAUUGGGGGCACGUAGGAUUUUGGUGACGGGGACCGGACCAUUAGGUUGUGCUCCAGCAGAGAGGGCAACAAGGAGCAGAAAUGGAGAAUGUGCCGUUGAAUUGCAGAGAGCAGCUGCCUUGUUCAACCCACAACUUGUGCAAAUGAUAACUGAACUCAAUAAGGAAAUUGGAUCGGAUGUUUUUAUUGCUACCAAUGCUUAUGAUAUGAACACGGACUUCGUUACUAAUCCUCAGGCAUAUGGAUUUGUGACAUCGCAGGUUGCAUGCUGUGGACAAGGACGUUUUAAUGGGAUCGGAUUGUGCACAAUAGCUUCCAACUUGUGCCCUAACAGAGAAAUCUUUGCAUUUUGGGAUCCAUUCCAUCCAACUGAGAGAGCUAACAGAAUCAUCGUUAGCACUAUCGUGACUGGCGACACCAAGUAUAUGAACCCAAUGAAUCUCAGCACCAUCAUGGCUUUGGAUUCUAGGGUUUAAUUAAUUAUCGAUACCACUACUGGCUAGUCCAGUUCUUAUAAUUGAACAUUAUGAACAAUUAUAUUCUUCAUUAAUAUUGUUUGCUCCUUGAUUAGGUAAGGUUGGUGGGUU